UUUUCAAUGUCGAAAGUAACGCGAUUGUGAUACACAAAUCUAGCUAGAUGUUCGAUGCUCGCGAGUGCGUAAUCACAAUUGCCGCGAGCAUUCCAGCCAUUUUCGGUGCCGAGUGUGCGUAUGUAUGUUGUGUGUACAACAUACGUCUUCGUAAUCUACAUCAUGUUCAACAUGCAGUUAAUUUAUUGCGGACUCUGAUCCGAUUGUAAUAUAUAUUUGGGACAUAAUCUCCCCUAUCGAUCUCAUUGAUAAUCCGGCGAGUUUUCGCUAUUUUUUCCGUUCCUUCAUAGAUUAUUUACAAGACUCGCAAGGUAAAAGAGCGAUUCGAUAAACAAUGGUGAAAUAUUACGAAAACAUCACGAUCUUUCAUUUCGAUUGGACUCAAGUCGUUCGAGGAUUCUUUCAAAGAUAUCCGAAUCCUCACAGCUCGCACGUCCUCACAGAGGAUACAAUCUCCAGGGAAGUUAGAAAUGGAAAGCUUUACUCCAAACGAUUAUUGACAAAGACCAACAGGGUACCCAAAUGGGGGGAAAGAUUUAUCAGUAAAAAUGUUGUUAAAAUUGUAGAGGAGAGCAUUGUUGAUCCAGAAGAAAAAACUUUCACUACCUAUACAAGAAAUUUAGGAUACACCAAAGUAAUGAGCAUUGUUGAAAAAGUAGUUUACGAGACCUCAGAUGAAAAUCCAGAAUGGACAGUUGCAAAAAGAUCAGCAUGGAUAGACAGUCAAGUGUUUGGUUUCAGCAGGGCAAUUCAAGCAUUUGGAUUGGAUCGAUUUAAGAAAAAUUGUGCUAAAAUGUCGGAAGGCUUUAAUUAUGUUCUUGCAAACAUGUUUCCUCAUUCAGCACAAUUUAUAAAUCCCAAUCUUUCUCAGACAAGUUUUUCAAUGCAAGCUGGCCACAGCACCAUGGACGAUAGUGUUACAACAAAACCAAGUCUCGCGGAAGAUUUACAGCAUUCUCUACAGGGUAAAGCAGAGAAGGUGAAAGAUGCUGCUAAGAAAGCUACAGAUUUAGCAAAACAAAAGGCAAGACCAAUAUAUGCAGCUUGUCAACCAAACCAGUCAUAAAUCUAUGAACAUACUUUGCGAAAUACAAUCGCCAUUGAUAAAUGUAAAUAAUAAUUCUAUCACUUAGCGAUAGAAACAUUCGCUAAUAAUACUAUAUUAUUGUGAUGUACCUUAGACGAAACGAUGAUACAUAUAUGCUAAAGACUAGCUCGAGAAUGCAAUAAUUGUAUAUUACUCAAAUAUGAUUUGGAUGACAAUUAAGGUAAAAAAUUAGAAAAUUGGUAUUGAGCAAGUGAAGAUUUAAAAUUUAUAUGAUUCUCUAAACUUGAUAACACAAGAUUUCAGAGUCAUAGCUGUUAUAUAUGUAAAAUUUGAAAAAGAUUUUCAGAUCUGUUUACAUUUUAUCAUUCCUUUUAACUGCCAAAUCGUUGAUAGUGCUAUCAGAUGUGAUAUACAUGUAUGUUUAAACAUGCGUUAAAUUAUAUGAUACUUUUUUUUACACACAAAAGGCUAUUUUUUUAUUUAAUUUGCGAACAAUGUGUUUCGUUGGGUCAAAUAUUAAAUAAAAAAGCAUUUCAAGAUGUUAAAUCUAUAUAUAUGUAUGUAUGUAUAGCGUUUAUUUGUGUGCAUCCAUGCAUAUCUGUACAAGUUUGCAGUUGUAUAAAGCAGAGCAUUUUGUAUUAAUAGUUAUAAUAUAUCAAUAGAAGCAAUUACAUUCAAAGUUAGUUUUAUAUACUCUUUGUUUUAUUAAUAUAUAUUUUUUAAUCUUUUAGGUGUAUGAGUAUGCGCGCGUUAAUGCAGAAUUAGUGUAUUGAUAAUGAAAUUAAAAGACUUGAUUCCCAUUUA